GUCAGGGUUCCUGCUUCGACGCACGACAACCACUCCUCCAACCGCAGUCAUGUCUGCUCGGAAACGACCCGGUACCGCCUUUAAUAUGAGGCCAAACGGGCCAGUACUACGUGAGAAGCUAUUGUCGGCCCAAACGUAGAUUCAAGCGGGUAUCGAUGCCUCAAAACCAGAGAAGACCCCUGCGAGCGGUGAGUCUCGGACAGUAGAGCUCUAGACUUGUGCGCUGUCGAGUGACUGAGUCGAACGAUUCCUACAUUUCUUAUUCCGUUUUUCAGUGUAGUGGCUUUCGUUCCGUCGAUCGUUGCCUUCAUAAUCGUCUGUUUCCUCAAUCACUUUCAAUUCUUCUGUUUCUGCUCUUGCCCAGUAGCAAACGCGCGCGUCUUCUUCCUUCUCCACUUUCUUUCUUUCUUAAUCCACGCGAUCAUCAAAGAUGGCUCGCUUUUCUUCUCUCUUGCUGCUGGCAGCAUCAUCCUCUGUUGUUCUUGCGGGCCCGUUGCCAAGAGGUCAUAGGAGACAAUUAUUUUCCAGCUACACAAACGCAACAUCGAUUGCUUCUUUAACCGUAGAGGCAUCACAGCCCCUACAAGAAGUCUCAUCGACACUAGUACCCGCUACCGAGGGCACUUUUGCUUCAUCGCAACCUACAUUUGCACCUUCUGGAUCACUACUACCAUCCCCAAGCGAACUACACGCCAACGCCGAGACUGCUGUCAUUAUCGAACCCAUUCAGCCGACUGUCUUUACACAGACUGCACCUGCUGUCACAUUCCUUUUACCAGAUGGCCAAGCCAUCGCAACACAACCGCUUGAAACCCUUUUGUCAACCUCGUACAUCACCGCCCCCGCACCUGUCCCUACCUCCGCGGCCCAGUCAAGCGCCACACCAGCAUACGAUGCUGCUUCGUCAUCCAUCCCCGCGGAAAGCCAAGUGCUGAACACCUUCCCUGCCAAGGGCUUGUCGAGUUCGAAGGCAGAAGUAGAGAGUGAAGCGCUGAGCGCCACCUCGUACGCGCCUCCAAUGUUCACGUACUCGCCCGAGGAACCCACAGCAGUAACCUCCAGUGCGCCUAGCAUUAUCGCCACUAGUCCUAUCAUUGCCAGCUCUGUUAUCGAAAGUUCGGUGCUUUCGAGUUUGGUCGUUCCUAGCGCGACUGCAUCCGCAACCGGAGGUCAGCCUGCCCAGAAUGGGACCGGUAUGCCUGGAUUCACCCAUCCCGGCGCACCUCAAGGCACAGCAGCUAUCAGUAGCGCUGUGGCAAGCUCUACUGAUGCAGUUCCUGUCAGCUCUGCAGCAGCCGAGUACCCGACGCAGGUGUCGUCAGCGCUGCCUCCUGUGAACACAACUAUGACAGCAUCAUCUCGUCUUGUUGUGACGAAGACGCUGUACACCACCGUCUUCCCCACGCCCGGUGCCCCCGAAGCAUCGCCUUCCGCAAGCUUGGCACUAUCCUCCACACUGUUGUCCAACACGUCAGCCUUGAUCUCAAGCUCGACGGUCGAUCCUACUGCUGCUGCCUCUGUGUCUUCCUUGAUACAAUCAUCAGCUGUGCCAUCACCUGCAGCCGAGUAUCUGCCCUCGACCUCGCUGCAAGUGCCGCCUGUCGUCAUUGUUACGCAGUACACAACUGUCUUGCCGUCGCCAUCAUCUGCACCCGAAGAAUCGUCAAUUGUAUCUUCGACUCCGUUGCCAUCUUUGCCAAGCAUUGUGCCUUCCGCCGCGCCUUCUUCAUCAACACAAGCCGCGUCGUCCGUCGCGCCCAGCACAUCAGAAACACCUUCUGCCACACCCAGCGUUCUGCCGACCUCGUCCAGCGCCGCUGUCUCAUCUUCGGUGCUUGCCUCCAGCGUUGUCGCAUCAGAGACAUCCUACGUGGUCACGAACGUGGAGCCCUCGCCUACAGAAGCUCCUGCGCCCCCGAGCGAUGCACCACCCGCGCCAGCGCCGGAGCCGACUGUUUCUUCGUCUGAGGGCCCGCUGAUUAUCACGCCGAUUGCGCCAAGUCAGAUCUUCACCGUCACGGUGACAGAGAAGGAGAAGGAGACUGUGACUGCUACGGUGACGGCCACUGUGACAGCAUAGGGUCUAUUUAAGAUGAAUGGAAUGAGUAGAUGAUUAGAUGACGAAAUAAAUGUUUCAUACAUAAUAGCAGGACUAAAUUUGAUACCCAAGACACGUAUAUAGCAGGACUAUGAUCCAGAAUACUAUUUCAAGCAA